GAGUAUCAACCAUUAACGUCAGGGUUAUAGGUACCUACCUGCAUCAUCAAAUAUAUCAUCAAAAACACAAUUCAAUAGCAUCGUCCUCGAUUGGUACCGUCACUGAUUUUAAACUACGAUAAAAAAAGUGUGUUGUUAGAUAAUAUGUCGGUAAACGAAAUGGAUGUCUUACAGACUUCAUCAUAUUCUGAAAGUGAUUUAAAGCAAGUACUGAAAUCCAAUGCAUCUGAACCAACUAAUUUUAGAAAUAGCUAUCACUCUGUUAAAAUACUUGAAGGAUUACAAACUUUACGCAAAAAUGAAGUUUUAUGUGAUAUUAGAUUGGAAACAGAUGAUGGUACAAUAGUAUUCGGACAUAAGAAUAUUUUAGUAGCAGCUAGCCCAUAUUUUUGUUCAAUGUUUAGUACUUUUAAUGAGAGUGAUAAAGAUCUAGUUAAUAUGAGAGAGUUCGAUUCUGACGUCUUGCAAUUAUUAGUAGAUUAUAUUUACACUGGCGAAAUUAUGGUUACAAAUGAAAAUGUACAGGUUUUGUUACCAGCUGCAAAUAUCUUACAACUAGACUAUGUAAAAAGUGCAUGUGCUAAGUUUUUACAAACACAACUGGAUCCAUCAAAUUGCAUUGGUAUCAAAGCAUUUGCUGACUUACAUAACUGCACUAAAUUGAUGUCAAGUUCUGAAGCAUUCAUUCAUAAACAUUUUUUAGAAGUGGUUAAAUGUGAUGAGUUUCUUUAUUUGUCUUGUGAAAAAGUGAUUCAGCUUAUCUCCUGUGAUGACCUUGCUGUUCCAUUUGAAGAAAAAGUAUUUGAAUGUAUUGUUAAUUGGGUAAAAUAUGAUUUGAAUUCGAGAAAAGAUUGUUUGCCGAAAUUAAUGGAACAUAUACGUUUGCCAUUAAUAGCAUCAAAGCCAGAUAUAUUAAAAAAUAUAGCUGAAGAACCUCUUCUUAAAAAUAAUCCCAAAUGUAAAUGUUAUUUUCAUAAAUAUAUUUUCAUUAUAAAUAUAUGUGUUUUAAUUAUUAUAAUAAUUUAUUCAGGUGACAAAUUUGUAUUAGAAGCUUUAAAUUUUCAUCUACAAAAGUCAGUUCAGCAUUUCACCAUUUCUCAUUCGGUUCGGUACAAACCUAGACAGUUUGGAGGCUUAAAAAAAGUCAUUCUAAUGUUCUACUGGUCUGACACACUUCCAAAGACUUAUACAGAAUGGUAUGACCCAGCAACCAACUUACGGAAGAGUGCACCAGAAAUGAAUGAUUGUCGUAGGAAAGCGGGAGUAGGCGUCAUAAGAGAUCAAUUUGUUUUUGUUAUGGGAGGCGUGAAUAGCUCAAGUUCUAAAUCUGUUAGUAUGCUUGAUGUAUCUUCACUCUCGCCAUAUUGGAUACCGAUGGUCAACAUGUUGGUUAGUCGAGCCUAUUUAGGAGUUGGUAUAUUAGACGAUUAUAUAUAUGCAGUUGGUGGAUUUGAUGGUUUUGUUCCUGUAAAUAAUGCUGAGGUGUUUGAUAUCAGUAUUCAAAAAUGGAGAAUGAUAGCUAGUAUGGCUACUAAUAGAAGCCUUUUUGGUAUUGGUGUACUAAAUGGUUGUUUAUAUGCGGUGGGAGGUUUUGAUGGUUAUGAUAGUUUGAAGUCUGUCGAAAGUUAUGAACCCUCACUUGACACAUGGACACCAGUUGGAGAACUAUCUAUAGGUCGCGAUAGUUUUAGUAUUGGGGUCAUGGACGGAGUUAUGUAUGCUAUCGGUGGUAUUGAUGGAUCUGAGGAUCUUAAAAGUGUCGAGAUGUAUAAACCAAGUGAUGGAGUAUGGUCUUUUAUUGCUGAUAUGCAUUUAUGCCGAAAGAAUUUUGGAGUAGUGGCAUUAGAUGGUUUAUUAUAUGUUAUUGGCGGAGAAUCUGAAGAAUCAGCUGUCAAUACUAUAGAAGUGUACAACCCCAAAACCAAUACCUGGUCCAUGGGAACAUUGUCAAGAAAUGACAAUGAUGUCGCUGAUGCCAAAGUUUAUAGUGGAGUAGUGAUUAAUAGGCCACCACAUUGUAUAACUAACUAACAUAUUAUAUUAUAAUGUUCUCA